AUGAGAGGAAUGAACUCUGAACUAAACAGCGUCCUCAGUCGGAAAAUGACUCAAAUGUAAAAAAAACUUUAGUAGUUAGAUGACUAUCCUACUGCCUAAAACUUUAUUAGUGAGUCAUAGAUAGACAUAGCUAAUGUUAUAAAUCAGAAAAGCAAAGAGGAAAUCAAGAUUGAGGAAGGUGGUACUUUUCUCUUGACUAAUAAAAAAUCCAUUAAAAAUCUAGAUUCUGAUAUAUUAUGCUAAACUCUAAAGAAAACUGAGGAAAGCACUUUACUGAGUACAAUUUUUAAGGAUGUAAACAAGAUUAAAAAUAUUGAGGAUUUCAAUGCUCCUGUGAGCAAUAUUGACAAAAUCCUGCAAACAUUGCUUUAUCAAAUGAGAGCUAAUCUAUUUGAGCCAGAUCAUCCAAUCAAUAUGAUUAUCAAGAAAUUUUCAGAUAUAAUCCUGUGGAAUGUAAAUGAAAGAAAAAAUUAGCUAUUGAGGUUUACCAAGCAAAAUUAAUAGCCUUAAUAUGAGAUGAUUGAUAAAGAAGAUGGCUUAUCAGAAAUGAAGAGUAAGGAGGCUCCUUCUGAUUUCGAGAGAUGGAAGCUUAAUAAUUUGAAGUACUCGACUGUAAGACCCAAGAAGAACAAUAGAUUCACAUAUGAUAGAUAAACACUUAAUUAACUGCCACCGGAAGUAUAAUAUGCUGAAGUUGUUAUUGCUGAAGUUAAAAAGCUUAUUUGCAUUCUCUAUGGAACAUUGAUAAGAUUUUACAUUCCAGUCAUGAAAUUUGAUGAUCUUCAUGAGAUGAGAGAGGAUCUUAUAGAGCUAUUAACUAGUCUAACAGUACGUGGAGACAUGAGUAAGUUGCUAUUACAACUAUGCAGAAUUUCAACUACAGAGGAUGAAUUCAUACUAAUGUCCAAAUAUAAUGAGCUAAAGAAGACUAAACCAGAAGAUAUAGGUAUUGGUAAACUAUUUAGGCUGAACAAGCGAAGCUACUUGAUUGAGCUAUUUGCUUAAUAGCAAAUGCUGAAUGUAGAUCAUGGUGAUGUUGGUGGCUCAGAUGUGAGUUUUGAUGCUUUAAUCAGAGAAUAAAGAUUAGGUAGUUCUCAAAACUAAGAAAAUUAACUUCAAAGAUACAAUACUCUGAUUCAGCAAGAAGGUGAAAUUGGCAAUGUCAGAUGCAAGUCCUGGGUGAUAUAAAAGAAUAACUAAAAAAACUUAACCCAAGAGGAUAACCGUCCUAAUAUAACACGAAUGGGUGUUAAUGAUGAAUUUAUGAUUACAACCAAUUUGAUAAAAGAACGAAUUAAAAAUAAGCCAUUUAUGGAUGCAAUAUUGAAUGUGAGAUCUCUCAGAGAUUAUGAGACUCCUAUAGAUAAAAUGCGUUGCAUUACUUAGACUAGUAAAUAUAUAGUAAACUGCAUCGAUGUUUUUUGGAAGGAUAUUCCAUUAGUUGACAAGAGAAAACUUACAUUGGAUGCUGAUGAACUUUUGAUGAUAUUUAUCUAUGUAACUCUAAGGUCAAAACUUAGCGAGCUAUUCUCUCAUUUAAAACUUAUCAAUGAAUUUUCUACUGAUACCUUAAGAAGAUCAAAGUUGGGUUACUACACUUCUACCAUCGAAGUAGCUGCUUAGCAGGUUAUGAAUCUAGACCCUACUAUGCUUGUAGAUAAAAACUUUAAGGAUACUUUUAAAGGCAAUGCUGAGUCUCUAAUACAAUCUCACAUUAAAUCAUCAAUGGCAAGUGACUUUCCAUUUCAAGUACCUGAUGAUUUGGAAUUUUUAGAUGAGAUAAACAAGAAAGCUAUGGCAUUUGAUGAAAUGGAAAUAAUGCUUCUUUAAAAAUGA